AGCAAUUCCCGUGGCAGACAGAUCACUACAAGAGACGGGGUAGGGGACGGGUGGCUUUUUCCACCUUGUAGCUCUGAGUGCCACCGGCACCAGCUCAACAGAACCGACCCCCACCUCCCUGAGCCACCCAGUCACUGCCCUGGAGCCAGAUCGGAACCAGCAGCUCCUGGUGGGGAAGGCCCCAUCUCCAUUCCCCACCCCGCUGAGCCAGCCCGUUCUCCAGAUCAGCACAGGGCACCAUGGGCCAAGGCAACACGACUCUCCCACCAACCACAGGGGUGAAUUCCAGCCAGACCCCAGCAGCUGUGAGCGCCACUCACAUGGCUGCGGCCGUGUUGCUCUUCACCACCUUCCUGGUGGGUGUGGUGGGGAACGGGCUGUACCUGUGGGUGCUGGGGCUGAAGAUGAGGAUGACGGUGACCACGCUCUUGUUCCUGCACCUGGUCUCCUGCUACCUUCUCUUCACCCUGCUGAUCCCCUUCUUCAUUGUUUAUGUUCUCCUGGGUUUCCACUGGGUCUUCGGCACGGUCAUGUGCAAAUUCCUCAACACCUGCAUCUCUCUGGGAAUGUUCACCUCUGUCUUCCUUCUCACCCUCAUCAGCCUGGACCGCUACACCCUCUCUCACCACCCCAUCUGGUGCCGGCAUCACCGCAAUGUGCCCCGAGCUCGGAAGCUGGUUGUGGGCGUGUGGCUGGCCUCCUUCAGUCUCAGCGCUCCCUACCUGGCUUUCCGGGAGACCCGGGUGUUGGCCGGGGGCAGAAUCAUCUGCGUUAACAAUUACGCCCUCUCCAGAGACUGGAAUGGAGCCGAGCCACAGGAGCUGGGGAGACGGGUCCACCUGGCCAUCUUCAUGGUCCGGUUCCUGCUAGGCUUCCUUCUGCCCUUCUGCACCAUCGUGGGAUGCUAUAGCCGGGUGGGGCUGAAGAUGAAGGAGAAGAAGCUGGCGUGGGCAGGGAAGCCCUUCAAAGUCAUGGUGGCCGCGGUGGUUUCCUUCUUUCUCGGGUGGCUCCCCUACCACCUCUACCAGAGCUUGAAUCUCUACAAGAAGGAGGUGCCAGAGUCAGUGACAGGCACCCUCUUGGUCAUUUACACCUUCACGUCCUGCUUCAAUGCCUGCUUCACCCCCGUCCUCUACCUCUUUGUGGGGGAAAAGUUCUGGCAGGUCUUCAGGAUGUCUCUUCUCACUCUGGUCAAAGCGGCUUUUGUUGACGAUCUCGGCAGCAGUGCCCCCAAGUAUAGCGGAAGACAAGGGUCUGAAGUUGAGAACACAAAACAGGAGAUGGCCUGAAGAUGCCCAGGUUUAGGGAGAGUUGAACAUUUGGUAUCCCAUUUCUUUCUAGAUUCCUCAUGUUUCUAAAACGUGAUGGGUCCCAGGUACCUCACUGUUUAUAAACCCUGCAAUGUCCCUGAAUUCUAGAUUCCCUGCUCUCUCCAGAAUCCCAUACUUUCUAGGUCUCUCAAUUUUUUUGUACUCAAUGGGCUGUCAAUGGCACCAAACCAGUAGUCAGCUCCAGAAUCUUGUCUGGUUUUGAUCUCUCAGUGUGUUCUCACCUGAGUGACUCUCACCUGACUGAUUCUGCAUCACUAGCAGGCUCUGGAAUCUCAUUUAUUGUAAGCCUCUCGGUGGGUUGGUACUCAAAGUCCAUGGGUUCUAGAUUCCUGUCUGGGCCUGGGACAUCACUGGAUUCUGGAGUGUUUGCAAACCACAUAGAAUCCAACAGCUUCCAGAUUGCUUGCUAAAAGUUUCAUCAUGGUCCUAGAUUUCCAAAUGGUUUAAAAUCCAUUAGAUGUAGUAUAUUAUAGAAGAGUCCGUGUAUUAUAAUAGAGAUUUCUAGCUCUUCUCUAGUGCUUGUCAUCAGUAGAUCUCAAAGAACUUUACCAAGGAGGUCAGUAGCAGUCUUCCAGUUUUUACAAAUGGAGAAACUGAGGCACGGUGUGGGGCAGUGACUUGGCCAAGGUCACCCAGUAGAACCUUUAGUCUGGCCAGUGGCCGAACCGGGAACAACCCAGGUCUCCUGCGUCCGAGCCCAGGCCUCUGUCCAUUGCAUUUCCUUAGACUGUGGCUCUCUGGGACACCACCUGUCUUUUUGUUCUGUGUUUGUACAGCGCCUAGCACAGCCGGGCCUUGGGCCAGGACCGGGGCUCCGAGAACUACCUGAAAUAAAAUAUA